AUGUCAAAUGAUUCAAACUUAGUUCAAAUUAGACCUUUGGGUCAUACCAAAUUAUUCGAACCCAUCAAAGUUGGUGCUAAUACGUUAUCACAACGUAUUGCAUUUGCACCUUCAACAAGACAACGUGGUACUACUGACUACUACCCAACUGAUUUGCAAUUACCUUAUUAUAAAGCUAGAGGCCAGUACCCGGGCACUUUAGUAAUCACUGAAGCUACUUAUGUUUCCCCGGGUGGUGCUGGAAGAGCCAAUGUACCAGGUAUUUGGAAUGAUAAGCAGGCUGCUGGAUGGAAGAAGAUCACUGAUGCCAUUAGACUGGAGAAAUCGUUCUCUAGUGUUCAAUUAUGGCAUUUGGGAAGAACUGCUGAUCCAGAACAAUUGAAACAUGAUGGUCAGCCUUUCAUUGCACCUUCACCAAUUUACUUGGAUAAAGAAUCGGAGCAACACGCAAAGAAAGUUGGAAAUGAGUUAAGAGCAGUGACAAAGGAGGAAAUUGAAGAUUUGGUUAAUAAUGUAUACCCCAAUGGAGCAAGAAAAGCAUUGGAUGCAGGUUUUGAUUAUAUUGAAUUACAUUCAGCUCAUGGAUACUUUUUAGAUCAAUUCUUGAACCCCGUGACUAAUCACAGAACUGAUGAAUAUGGAGGAUCUAUUGAAAACCGUGCUCGUUUGUUAUUAGCAAUCAUUGAUAAAUUGAUCCCUAUUGUUGGUGCAAAUAGGUUAGCUGUUAGAUUAUCACCAUGGGCUACUUUCCAAGUUAGUGAUCCCGAAGGUUCAGAAAUUCAUGCUUAUAUUCUUGAUCAAUUGCAAAACCGUGCUGAUGAAGGUAACGAGUUGGCGUAUAUAUCCUUAGUUGAACCUAGAGUUUCCGCUAGUUACGACGUCUCCGUUGAAGAUCAACGUGGUAGAUCUAAUGCAUUUGCCGAAAAACAUUGGAAAGGUAAAUUCGUCAAAGCAGGAAACUAUACUUAUGACGCACCUAAAUUUGAAACUUUAUUACAUGAUUUGGAAAAUGAUCGAACCUUGAUUGCAUUUUCAAGAUUUUUCACAUCGAAUCCUGAUUUGGUUUAUCGAUUGAAAAAUGGUUUGGCUUUACAACAUUAUGAUAGAUCUACUUUUUAUACUCAUAAUAAUUAUGGAUAUAAUACUUGGAACCAACAUGACGGUAGUGAAAAAUUUGAUAAAGAAGCUGAACAAAAGAGAGUUGGUGAAGUGUUAGCUUAA